AUGAAUAAAAAAGGAGAUCAGUUUGAACACUUUUGGAAUAAAACUCAAAAGAUUGGCUUAGAACCUGAAAGAAAGAGAAUUAGAAUUGAUAUUGUCGGCGACAGAGAGACCUCCUAUCGUCGAUUAUACGUCGAAAUUUUUGAUAAUAUUCUACAACAAAUGAAUUCUCGAUUUCAAAACUUUAACGAAAUAAAAUUUGUUGAAUUGUGCAAUUUUAAUAUUAGUAACUAUGAUUCAUCAAAAUUUCCACCGGAAGCUUUUAAUUUACUAAAAUUAAAUUAUGGAUUUUUUUUCGAUAUUCCAGCAUCAAAGUCCCAGUUAAGUGUUGUUUAUGAAACAACUGAAAUUAGUGAUAAAAAGAUGUCCAUCAAUGUGUCAAAUUUUCUUAUAACAACUGGUUUAAAAAAGUCCCUUUGUGAAGUUGUCAAGUUUUGUGAAUUAGUACUAACCAUCCCAGCCACAAGUGCGUCAGUUGAGCGAAAUUUUUCAGCUUUAAAGCGCAUUAAAAGUUUUAUACGAAAUUCAACAAGUGAAGACAGACUCUCUAAUUUAAACAGUUAUCAAAAAAUCCAAAAUUUUACGACGAUGUUAUAG